GUCUCAAGUAUCCAGACUCAUUUCACCAAAGACCCUUCUCGUCCGGCAGGCCAAAGUCUAACCCUCACGAUCGGUACCAUGCGGCAAAAUUUGGUCACACCCAGCGACGCUCAACAACCAGCAUCAGUACAAAUCCAACGACGUCGGUUACGCGGUCUCAUCGCCUCAACCUGUCUGUUGGUUGCCUUCGCGACGGCCGUCACGAUUGCUCUGAUCAUCGUCAACCAGACCCUCAUGGGCACAGUCUGGUGUCGGGCUGCUGUAAAACGGGCUUCGGCCGGCAUGAGGCACCAGACCCUCGGUUGCCAUGGCAGCGAAUCAUUUCAUUACAACAAUCUGUCCAUGCUCCCUCUCAUCCACACACGAGCCAAGAAGUGGGCUCAUGUUGGUGGCUGUACUCGCAGGUUGACAACUCGAAACAUGUUGACUCGGUCGGGUCGAGAAAGAGGAGUCGACGAGUCUCUGGGUCGUCCGGACGAUCCGGUUUCCAAACCGACUCACGAGAUUCGUGGAGCACUGACAAUCGUACAAUCGGUGUCGUCCCAAUCUGCGUUGACAGUCCAAAAUCGGUCUGUACCGAUUUGA